GAGGAAGUGACGUCAUCAGUUGCUAUCAAACAAGCAGGUUGGCAUGUUGUUUUGACAAGGUAAGAAUGAAAAUCAGCUGGAAAUAACGAAAGUAAGCGUUAUGGCUGUCGUCGGUGGAGUGACGGACUUUACUGCCGAUGUGUUUGAUUUCUUUGAUACACCACGGAACGAGGAUAAUCGCAUUCAAGAGAACACAAAGCCGCGAAAGGCAGCAGGUAAUUCUGGCAACGAACCACAAAAAUCAUCCAAACAUGACGCUUUUAAUGCACAAAAGAGUAAGGCACAGAGAAGCAGGCGAUCACAUAGUGAUUCUGACUCGUCUCAUUCGAGUGACAGUGACAGUAGUGAUAUAGAUACAGAUUCUGUUGGUAGUUACAAACGUGACAAUCGAGCGAAAAACGGCAAAGCAAGCCCGGGGGUGGUGGUGAAAGGAGAGACUUACAGUGAUGAUAGCUUUACAGACAGCUCCAGUGCUUAUUCGGACGAUUCGACGGAUGGCGAAGAGGAUAUCAUAGAGACGGAACGAGAGAGAUUCAGACAGAAAAACGAAUCCAAGGAAUCUAAAUCCAACAGACCUUCAGAUUUACAAGUACACAAAACACCUGUGCAUGAGGCAGAUUCACCCUCAAAGGAGGCAUGGUCGACAGGUGGCAUUCGCAAAGUGGAAAUACAUCCAUCAAGGUCUGAUAUGGAAGAUGAAGAUGAUCGUGGUAUAUCUGUUUCUAACCGAUCCAGACCUAAGAGUUCAAAACAAAGAAGUCGAGGAAUCAGUACGAGUAAUGAACGUUUAUUUCGUGAAAGGUCUAAGUCUGGUUCAGAUAGUGAAAUGACUGAUGUUUCCCCAUUACCAUCGCCUAAACACUCUCCACGCUCACAUAAUGGACACGCUAAUGUGCAAUAUGAGGAUGUACCUAACAUAAAGCUAGAUAAUAAACAGUUGGAUCUGAGUGUUCUAAUGGAUGCUGUUCAGGAAAUUGAACAAGAGCAACAACGACGGGAGAGGCUAAAAUUAAACUCACGCAGGGUAAUGUUUGCACCUCCCAAAGCUAAACUGACAUCUGAACAUGGAAACUUUACGUAUGACCAAAGUCGUACUCAAACCAUAGAGAAGGAAAAUCAGAGACUGUUAAAGGAAAUCAUGAAGCAUGUAGGUCCAAAGAAGAAACAGUCUCAGCGGGUAAAAGCAGAGCCAUUCAUUCAGCGACUGACACCCUCUGCGGUGAACAGGAAGCGGGAACAGCGCCGUAUUGAGUCAGAUAACAUGCAAAUGUUGCGUCGCCUCCAGACCACCCAGUCAACACGAGGGAUGUCACGAGACGAACAGCUGACUGACUACAAACGUACUGUCCUGUAUGGGGUUCCUGUUGCAGCCGUCCAACCAUACGAAGGCUCCAUGGGUCAGCGCACACGCAGCCUCACAAGUGUCUUCAGCAGUACCACAGGCUCAACCAUGCACAGCAAGAGGUCCAGACCUUGCAGUGCCAAGUCCACAACCAGCACCCUCCGUCCAGGCAGUGCAAAGUCCAUCAAUAGUUUACGGCCUGGCAGUGCAAAAUCAGUGCGUUCUAUGUGCAGCAGUAACCGUUUGGGUAGUGCUAAAUCUGUAGUUAAUCGUCCUGUCUGGAACGACCGCUUUUCUUAUGCCUAAAGUAUGGCUGAAUAGCCAAUAUCAUCAUUGCCUGUCUGUGUUGCACACCCCAUAGUCCUUAUCCCUGGUGCAUUACGGAACUUAGUCAUGUAGUGGUAGCUAAGUAUUUAUAUGGUAACAAUGGUAAAUGUGUGUACUUAGUGAUCCUAUAGGAACCUGGUAUACCGGUUGUAUCAGUGCAACAAGCAUGUACGUUUCCAUGCCAGGAAUUGAAUGUCACAAUUCUGGCAGCCACUCAGCAAUUCCUGUCAGGUUAUUGACUAAAGGUAGGCCCAGGCCUCCAGGUAGAAAUCAAGGUAAUUACCAAGGUCAAACCUUGGUUUCUCAGUAAAGAAAUAUCAACAAGAAAUAUUCCUUUGGUCACACCAAAUCAUGUUGCUGGCCAGUGUCUUGACACUGGAGUGGUAGAUUUUUGUUUUCUGGAUUAGAUCCUUGAAGGAAUCAAUUGUUGAUGUUUUCGGUUCAAAAGUUCACCAGAAAUUUCCUAGCACAAAACCCAAGUGGCCUUUACUUUGAAUAAAAGAGAAAUACCUGUUGCUUGUUGUAAUUUAUUGUAUGUACUUCAAUAUUCAUUUGAGUGAUCGUGUGGCAUUACUUACAUUGUGAGUUCUGAGUCUCGUUUGAAUGUUGUUAGUGGCAGCUGGGUGUGAUUGGGUGUAUGAGUGUUGUAUAUUGUAUCUUACAUGAUGUACACAGUGAAACUUUGUUGUAAUGUUUUCAAACUUUGUUGCUGGUGCAAAAAGUGUAAGAAGUAAGAUAUAUGUAAAAAUGUUUACCAUUGAGCAAAUGUUUAUACACAGCAAAUAUUUUUAUAAUAAACAUGUACAGUAAUUUGUAAAUUUGAAACAAAUUAGUUUAAAUUUACUCUGGAUAUAUCUGAAAUAAUACUAAGCAGGAUCUUUAUGUGUAUAUAUAUAUAGAAAUAGUUUAAGUGUCAUGUUACAUGUAGAGUUGAAUGUGUUUUGACGGUUACUAUAUCAUAUGUACCUGUUUCUCCAGAAACAUUUGGUGUCUUGUGAUUAUGUACUUGGAGAAUAUAUUUUGAUAUUUUUGCUCCUACACUGAGCCUACAGAUGUUUACAUUGCUCCUACACUGAGCCUACAGAUGUUUACAUUGCUCCUACACUGAGCCUACAUAUGUUUACAUUGCUCCUACACUGAGCCUACAUAUGUUUAUAUUGCUCCUACACUGAACCUACAGAUGUUUACAUUGCUCCUACACUGAGCCUACAGAUGUUUACAUUACUCACCCUUGAAUACAUAUGUGUUGAAUUCUCAUACAUACCCUGUUAUCACUCUUACCUCCAUUCUCUACUUUACUGACAAUUAUUUUCAAAAUGCAAAUUACUUUUAUUUUGGUAUAAGAACUCGAUGAAUUUCAGUUAUUUAUCUUAAAGACUUGCUCAAGACUGUAUGUGAUAUGAUUUUGUUAUCAUUACUUAUGUUAUGCUUUACUUUUAGAGUAUUCAAUGAUGAAGAUUCUUUGUACAUAUAUAUCAAAAUACUGCUAUACAGUUUGUGCUUCACAGUGUCAACUUUCUGAGUAUGCAUAUAUGGUGAUUUUAAAUAGGAUGUAUUUGUCAUAGUCAGCUUUCAACCCAUUAAGGACAGAUCUGUCUCCAUCAUGAAAUAUUUCUCACCAUCAGCGGUCCUGUUACGGACAAAUCAUCAUAGCAAUACUUUUGUUGUACAUAAUAAUUUACUAAGUCCUUGUGUUACUGUUUACAUAUCUCUUUACAUAAGUCGUAGCAUUUCUAUUGAUAGGUGUUUGAUCCUGUAUUCAACUGUAAUUAAUAUUAAGGACAAUUUUGUAAUAAUGUACUCUGUGAUAGCUUUGUACAUCACAGUGACCUGUCAGAGAUUGUGAUAUUUUUUUUUACAUCACAGUGACCUGUCAGAGAUUGUGAUAACUUUGUACAUCACAGUAACCUGUCAGAGGUUGUGAUAACUUUGUACAUCACAGUGACCUGUCAGAGGUUGUGACAACUUUGUACAUCACAGUGACCUGUCAGAGAUUGUGAUAACUUUGUUAUUCACAGUGACCUGUCAGAGAUUGUUAUGACUUUGUACAUCACAGUGACCUGUCAGAGGUUAGUAUUGGUAGAUAACAUUCACUUGUGUUUAUUUUGUCUGUUUAUGCUGUAGUUAUAAUUUCUGUAGAUUUCUAACCUACCAAACAUUGAAUUUAGUAUUGAAAUACACUUUACUGGUGGAAUUUUUAUUUGUCAAAUUUGGAGAUGUUGUCUUUAUUGUAACUUAAUACACAAUUUCUGCAUCCCUGUUCUUCUAUGGCUAUCACAAGCUACAAGGUAAUUGUAUCUCACAGCAACGGUUGUUCAUUUCGAUAAACCAUACAAAACCAUAAGAUAUUCAUAUCACUCAAUCAUACUAAACCCAUAUACUUUUUUGUUCUUUUAAGAUUAUACAUUCGUUGGCAGGCUUGAUAGAAAUUAAGGCAUUUUAACCUUCAGCUUUAUUUCCUACCCAUGAUAAUUAUUAAGUCUGCUAUCUUUCAGUAGAACCAGGCUCAUUGUAUGAAGGAAAGAAGCCUGCAGGUUUAUAGAACUUCUUGCCUAUCAUAACUUGGACAUUUACUUAGAAUUCAAUAAAAGUGGAUUUCCUACAGAA